GGUUGUUUUGUUGGAUUUGACCUGGCUCAUGCUGUUGGGAAUGUAGAGCUUCAUUUGCAUGACUGGGGAGUAGAUUUUGCCUGCUGGUGCUCCUACAAGUAUUUAAAUUCUGGAGCAGGAGGCCUUGCUGGUGCCUACAUUCAUGAGAAGCAUUCCCAGAGUGUUAAACCAGCGCUAAUCGGCUGGUGGAGUCAUGAAUUCAAAACACGAUUCUUCAUGGAAAACAAAUUACAACUAAGUGAAGGAAUUAAUGGAUUUCGGUUAUCAAAUCCUCCAAUUUUACUGAUCUGUGCUCUGCAAGCUAGUUUAGAGGUUUUUGGUCAAACUACAAUGAAAGCACUGAGAAGGAAAUCCGUUCUACUCACCGGUUACUUGGAAUACCUGAUAAAGCAUUACUAUAAUGAGGAUAAAACAAACCCAGAGAAGCCCUUUGUGAAAAUAAUCACGCCAUCUCAGAUUGAGGAAAGAGGAUGCCAACUCACGCUGUCUUUUUCCCUUCCAAUCAAAUCUGUGUUUGAAGAGCUGGAGAAGAGAGGAGUAGCUUGUGACAUGCGAGAACCAAACGCUCUUCGCGUUGCCCCAGUUCCUCUCUACAAUUCUUUCUGUGAUGUGCAUAGAUUUAUUGAAAUCCUGGGAUCUGCAAUUACAUCUUCAAAACAAACAGCAAACAAUACUGCGCUAUCUGGUUCUUAUUGAUGGCUCAGCUGUAUCUUUUAAUCUAUUUCUGACUAAGAUGCAUUUAUCCCGCUGAGCGAUUCUUUGCUUCAAGUAGACUGAGCUAUAUCCCAUGCAAUUUGCAAAAAAAUGACUGUGCUUGAAUAGUUAUUUACAACAGACAUAGUUUUAUUAAAGCUCAUAUUUCC